AUGGGUAAGGACAUUUGUGGAGCUCUUAAGGUUACUGCAGUGAGUUCCGGUUACUGUUUAGGAAGCUGUAACUGGCUUUUAUGCUCAGAACAUGAAAAGUUGGCAUAUCUAAGUGGUUCUUCAACUUUGACAACGCAUCCUAGACCUAUUGAUCAGUCAUCUUUAAAAAAUGCUGAUGUCAUGAUUAUGACAGCACUCAACCAUACACCAAUGUAUAAUCCUGACUCAAUGUUAGGAGAAUUUUGUGUUGCUGUUGCCCAGACUCUGCGAAAUGGAGGCAGUGCUUUGGUUCCAUGUUAUCCAAGUGGAGUUGUAUAUGAUCUGUUUGAAUGUCUGUCUAAUCACUUGGAUAAUUUAUGUCUGUCUCAUAUACCUAUGUAUUUUGUGUCACCUAAAGCAGAGAGCUCCUUAGCGUAUUCAAAUAUUUUUUCGAGUGAACCAGAAUUUGAUUUUGGUGAAGCUCUUGCUCCAUUUCAACCACUGGCUAUGCGACCUGUAUACUGUCCAAUUGAUACAAGCUUGGACUUUACACAGGCAAGGAAGUUGAUUAAUGAAUUGAAACCUGGGAAAUUGGUUGUGCCUGAGGUGUACCUGAGACCCCCAGCUAUGGCUCCACAUCGCACUGAUCUUGCACUGAUUUUGGAAGAAACUCCACUAACAUAUAAUGAGUGUCAGGUUCUGAACCUUGUGGUAAACAGGAGACUUGAAAAUAUGGGAGUGACACCUGAUUUAGCCUUAGCUCUUAAUCCUAGUACAAUAAGACCUGGAUUAAAUACUUCAACAGUCACUGCAGAACUUCAUAUAAAGGACAACAAAUAUACUCUGAAGCCUGUAGAAGACAGUGAUGAUGAAAUGCCUACAAAAUAUCCUCAGUGUUACCCGUAUGGUAACCUAUCUGUUGAUGAUUUGGUUCAAAGAUUAGCACAAGCUGGACUUACGGAUGCUAAGGUUGAGGAGCUACCUGGUGUUUAUAUUAUAACUUUGGAAAACGAAGAUGUUAUGAUAAAAAUCAGUGAUGCAUCCACACACAUAAUUUCUGGUAAUAGUAAACUACGAGAAAAGCUGCGGGAUAUUCUGUUUGAGUGUCUCAGUAGCUUUUAGGCUGUCCUUUUAACAUCGUUUUUUAAAAUUGUAAUUACACAUUUUUA